GGGUUGGAGGAUCGUUGAAGCUUAUCGGAGAAAAAUGGCAGCGAUUUACAGUCUGUACAUAAUCAACAAAUCUGGUGGUUUGAUAUUCUACAAGGAUUGUGGAACAAAGGGAAGAAUGGAUACGAAUGAUAGCUUGAGAGUAGCUAGUUUAUGGCAUUCAAUGCACGCCAUUUCUCAGCAGCUUUCACCUGUUAAUGGCUGUACUGGCAUUGAGCUUCUUGAAGCCGACACUUUUGAUUUACAUUGUUUCCAGUCUCUCCCUGGAACUAAGUUCUUUGUUGUUUGUGAACCUGGUACUCCUCACAUGGAGAGCCUCCUUAGAUACAUUUAUGAGCUCUACACUGACUAUGUCUUGAAGAAUCCUUUCUAUGAGAUU